CAAGUGUAACGCCGCAUCUCACUGCUGACCGGCUGGACCUUGAUUCACUCGCCUACGAGCACUAAAUUGGACCUCUGUAUUUCCUGCCAGCAACAUUGAAAAUCUUUGACUGAUCACAAACAUGGAAUCCGCAGACAAUGUUGAACCGAAAAGCGUGUCGCUUUCUCAUAGCAUUAGUGGUAUUCUUGGUCUURAUACGUACGAACAACAAGACRACWCUAACAYAGCAAAACAACAUGAAACUACUCAGAAAGACGAAAAUGAAGAAAAUACAAAAGAAGACAAUAAAGAUUCGACGAACGAAAAGUCCAGACCUGAGUCAGUCUGUUCRCAAACCGAGAUCGCUGAAGCAGAGUCUCCAGGAGGAAGUGGUGCUUCAAAGAAGAAGAAAACUCGUUACAGAACGACGUUCAGUCAGUAUCAAAUCGAGGAACUUGAAAGAGCGUUUGAUAAAGCACCUUACCCAGACGUGUUCGCAAGAGAAGAACUCGCUACAAAGCUUGGUUUAACCGAGGCCAGAAUACAAGUUUGGUUUCAAAAUCGAAGAGCAAAAUGGCGAAAGAGAGAGAAGUUGUGCGGUUUUGGACCAAUGGUCGGUCCAGGUCUCCCCUACCCAUGGAUGCACGAGCUAAGUCCAUCACCUAAUCCUUUCUUUUACCAAACACCAACCGUCUCCACUGGUCCAAGGGAACUUUGUACCUCAUACCUUGCUUCCCCCUGUACACAGUAUUGCAAGCCAAACAUUUCUCCCUUUGGACGGGGGAUGCCGCCAUGUCACGUACGAGAAUGUGGAUGCGGGUACUCAGGAAGUAUGUUCCCAGGGGCAUCCACGGUUGGGCCUUGUGUCGUGCUACCGGGUUAUAGAGAUGAAAUAGAGCCUCGAUCUGAUCCCGUAGAUGUAAAACCUGGAGAACUCCACAAAGAAAAUAACCGGGUAUCAAGUAUUGCAUCGUUAAGACUUCGAGCAAAAGAACAUGAAAUGAGCUUACUAAGUUGUUUUCAUAACAGCUAAAAUAGUUUCGACAUAAAUAUUGUACAUAUAGCUAGCUAUGGAGUAUUUUAUAUACUAGAAGUCAGAUUCGAUUAUUUGAUGUAUAUUAUUAACAGAGAAUAAACGUAAAAUAAAMAUUCAUCUCAAAGAUGUCGUUGUAGAAUGAUAUAUUUUAACAUCAACGUGUAGUUUCAAAAGGACUGAAACAGCACUAAAAUCUCAUGAAAACCACAUGUACAGUUAUUAUCAAUACAGAAAACACGAAUCAUCAUAGAGAAGCAAGCAAUAACCCUAUAAUGGAAACGAGGAGAAAGAUUUACCAAAAACGAGAAAAAGUAGAUAUUUCGAGCAAAGAGAAACAGAAAGAAAAAGAAAAAGAAAAUAUUCUAACCGAUACGCUUGUUUUGAGAAAGAAUUUGAAACUGGUGUGAAAAUAUUAUUUGUAUUUAUUGAAAAGUCCUAUUUAAGAUAAUCAUUGACUUAAAAGUUGACGACAGAAACCAUUCAAGUGCCAGACGACAUUUCAAUUACUCCACGGAAUUCAUCACUCUAUAUUCGGUACUAUAAGAAAGGAACAAUUUUGAGAU